AUGUUCAGGAAACGUCCCAGUGGUCAAUGCAUCCAACGAGGAGCUCCCGUGCGUUCUUGCAUUGCCUCCUCAAAGGGCUUCAGAAUUCCUGCGGCUGGCCAUCAUUGCUUCAUCAUCAGUCCGCCUGCACCGGCUGCAUCCUACAUACGGUACCCACCUGCUGUUACCACAAGAGAACAAGAAGCAACAAUUAAGACAGCCCGUUGUGACAACGAAACGAGUAGCCCCCCAUCUCCCAUCUUCCUUCAGAGUCACAGCACUACAGGUACACUUCCAUUCGACUUUCAAGAAAAUGUUGUACCACUUCUCUCUUCUCUCGUGCACUGGAGUGCCGCUUCUCUACAUUGGAGUGCCGCUUCUCAUAAUUUCCCACCUGUUUUGAUGUCUGCUCUACAAAAAGGCCACCUAAAUGUCCGAGGGACUUGGGUGAUUGCAGUCAUUGGAGCGACGCCAUUGAAAGAACAGCUAAAGUUUCCAGGUUCUUUCUCUGUCCUUUUCUGA